GUCCAUACCCCCUCUAUCUUCUCUUUUUCUUCCUUUUCUUCUUACUAGUACAACUAUCCAUCUUCACUAUGGGUGCCACACAAUCCAAAACAGAACCUGUGAUUUUUUAUAACCAAAAUGUCCCUCUUCAGUUUUCUCAAGGAUUGGUAGAUUCAUUAGAGACACGUCAAAAGUCAAGUCAGCCUGCUCCUGCUCAUACCUCAGAAGAAGUAGACAACUUGGUACGUCAGCGUGUUGCCGAAGAAUUAGAACGUACUCAUCAACAACAACAACAAUUGUAUGGUGAUAUUGCGAAACAAAACAUUGAUAAUGAUGUUAGUUCUGUGGCUCUUGGUACCGAUAUCAAAAAUAUGAUUCAACGUAUCCAAAGAUCUUCACCUAAAGAGAUUCCUGCCGAAAUUGCUGAACGUCAAGAAGCUCUUGUGUUAUGCUACAAGAAAAACGAUGCUCGUGUACUCGACUGCUGGCAAGAAGUGGAACAAUUCAAGGAAUCAGUUACAAAAGCUCAAAAGCAAUUUGUUGCUACUCAUCAAUAAGUAGAAGGGAUCUUAUAUAUAGGAUAUAUAUUAUUUAGAAACAAUAAAAAAAAGAAAAACUUGUAUGCAAUGAAUGUAUCUAUAUUUUUGGUGAUAAUUGAUGAUAAUGAUGAUAUUGGGUGAUACUCAAUAAAAAAAGAAAAACU